UUCACAACGACCACUGCCACUCUUGCAUUAGUAUUUUCACUGCUGUGAGGGUAGCAUUCAAGGGUGUACUGUGUUUAGUUGCUUGCUCCUCAACGGGCCUCAUUAUGCAGGGAAUGGGAAAGACCGAGAGAGGAGAGCAGGGCCGAGACAUCGACCUGACAUCGCUGAGAUCCACCAUGCCAGCCAGCGGCCCCCUUCAAGGUGGUUCAGCCUCCAGCCUGAACAUGAACCUGUAUGCUACUAAGAAAACAGCAGCUGAGGGCAUGCUGGACAUCGCCUUGUUCCUGGCUAACAUUACACACAUGAAGACAGUCAUUGAACAGGGUGCAGGCUACAGGUAUUACGCCGCUGUUCUGACGCUCAUUUCCUUUUCCCUGGCUCUUCAGAUAGUGGCUGGAAUCCUGAUCAUCAUAAUCGCCCGCAGGGACCUUAACGUGGUGUCCAAUCAGAAACGACUCGACUACCUGAACAACGUUGCUACAGGCAUCAUCUUCGCCACCACAGUGAUUAACUUCUUCAUCAGCUUCUUCGGCUCCAAGAGGACCGGAUUCUUCCGCUGGCUGUUGGCUCGACUCCACUUUUGAGACACACAAAACUAUGAAAAUAUAUCCAAGUCAUGCGCAGACCCACCAACAUGCUUUGCAGCAGUAUUUCAUCUGUGCAGUAGCAUGACACAUUGGCCUAAGACAAAGUUGGAAAACAAUCCCAUGUGUUCAAACAUUGCAUCUUAAUUCCUAUUCAGACACUUGUCAAAUUUCUCACACUGUAAUCGAACUAAAAUAUUUUAACUUUAACCAGCUGUCAUUUAAACAUGCAUGGUUUUAUUUGCUCCAAUGACAUGCUUGUGCAAAUAUUGUACUUUUUUAUUGUAGAUGUCUCUACUUUUUCUGUGCAUUUUACAUGUAUUCUUCCCUUCUUUUAUGUGCCUAAUCGGUAAAAGUGUAAAGCUUGUUUUGAUUUUUAAAUAUACAUCUUAUUUUAAAACAUCUUUGACAUCAGUAAAAAUAGAAAAAAAAAUGAA